AUGUCGAGCUCCAUGGAGCCCCGGCCGCUCGCUUCGGCCUUCGAAAGUCCAACAUUCGAUGAAGAGAGUUCCUUCCAUGUCGAACAACCAGUGGGGUCAAUGUCUAUCUCCCCAUGUGGGCGGGAUGUGGUGCUGGCCUCCAAAGAAGGUCUUCAUGUCAUCGAUCUGGACUCGCCGUACUCCCCGCCGCGUUAUCUACCGCACCAUACUCCAUGGGAAGUGGCCGAUGUACAAUGGUCCCCAUUUGCAUCUCGGGACUACUGGGUGGUUAGCACUUCCAAUCAAAAGGCCCUCGUCUGGAACCUAGCUAUGAAAACCUGGCAAAACUCCAUUGAGUAUGUGCUGCAUGCCCACUCGCGCGCUAUCACCGAUAUCAAUUGGUCCGCUUUUCAUCCAGACAUUCUCGCCACCUGUGCUGUGGAUAGCUUUGUUCAUUGUUGGGAUCUGCGUACCCCUUCUCGCCCAGCCAUCUCAUUCUCGGACUGGUUUACUGGCGCCACGCAAGUCAAGUGGAAUCGACAAGACCCCCACGUCAUCGCUAGCUCUCACGAUCACUGCUUGCGAAUCUGGGAUGAUCGCAUGGGUGCAUACCCUAUACGAUCCAUUGAAGCCCAUGACACCAAGAUCUAUGGAGUCGACUGGAACCGCGUCCGACGGGGUGCGGUAGCGACAUGUUCACUGGAUAAAACCAUCAAGUUCUGGGAUUAUACAUCUGAGACCGACGUUCCAGAGAAACUGAUCCGCACCUCGUUUCCUGUCUGGAGAGCUAGAAACACUCCGUUUGGAUGGGGUGUGCUAGCAAUGCCACAGAGGGGCAACAAUGACCUCCAUCUCUACAGUCGCAGAGCCGGCGAGGGCAGCAACCCUGAUGAUGAUCUACCCUUGGUUCACACCUUUCCAGGCCACAAAGGUCAAGUCAAAGAAUUCCUUUGGCGGCCUCGGGGAGGUGUGGUAGACGGAAUAGAUCACCGAGAGUUCCAGCUUGUGACAUGGGGUACUGAUCGAGAGCUUCGUUUGCAUCGAGUCAAUCCCGAAAUCUUGGAGCGAGUUGGAUAUGAAAAGGGAAAAUCGUUCAUUUCCACUCGAAAUGUGACCCGUCUAGGGGCGGCAUAUCGAAGCUUCAGGGAUGUGAACUCAGAUUUGGAUUUGGAGGAUCUUGAAUCUGCAUCCUCGGUCGGCCCUCACCAUAAUGCAAGCACAAACUACUCUGUUGGCCCUGGAAUGAACGCAAUCUCUGUUCCGCACGCUCGUGCCUGGACACGGAAAACCAAUGUUGAUUCGCGAGUAGGCAUGCUGCCGCGGUCAAAUCUCCGAGCUGAUACCAAUCCGAUUGCCUGGAUGCGUGGUGUGAAGAUCUCUGGCUGGGAUAUUGAGACUCUGGGAGAUGAAAUCAGUCAUGUGGGAGAAAAGUUCACUAAGGUUGCAUUUGAAUCGGUCGAUGUGCGACAAAGGAAGAUUACGAUAUCUUUGAAUGGACCAUGGGGUGCAGAUGGCGCAUCCUUGUUCCUGAAGGUGGAUAUCAAGUUUCCUAAUAGCUACCCCAAGACCGCUAUUCCAACGUUCUCAUUCCAGAAGACAGCAGCUGUCACUGAUGAUCUAGCUGGAAAAGUCACGGCUGAGCUGCGGACUAUUGCUGAGACUUAUAUGUCUCGCAAACGCGGGUGCUUAGAAGGUGCCGUGCGCUACCUUCUCGGUGAAAGCAGCCUGGAAGAAAGCAUAGCGUGGAUUUUAGGUGAAACUGGGGACCCUGUCAAGUCCCCAAUCAAUGGAGAGCUAGAGGGCGAGUCCAGCGACGAAGAUGAAGUUGGUAUGACACAGAGCCAAGAGUUGGGCAUGAGCUCUGAACUGCUUCGGCCUGUCAACGCCAAUGUCAUGGUUCCUGUGGCUAAAGGAUGCGGUGCGUUGUGGGCGAACGAUGGUCGCCUAGUGUGUUUUUUCCCACCCAAGAAAGACAAAUCGACAGAGCUGUUCGACACCAUCGGGUUCAAGGAGAUGAGCCGGCUGUCGAGGACAGACAAAGUUUUCGAAGGCUUCGGGCGCCUGCAGACCAGCUCUCCGGGCCCGCGAAUGACCGGUACAAUCACGAGCACAGAUGACGGAGUGUCCGACUGCUCCGAUGAUUCAUAUUCCGAAACCUCCAGCUCGUCGGGCUCUUCUGAUAUUCUUUCAGGAUUGCCUGUUCGUUUCCAGGCACCUCAGACUUGGCGAAGCGCUGGCAGCAUUGGCAUCUAUCGGCCACGGUCCACGGCUCAUUCCCAACGAUCUACUGUAGGGGCUGGAACGGCCAAAUCAUCCGAUAAUCCAAGAAACAUUGUGUCUAUCCAUGAUCUGAGCGAUAUGUUGCCCGUCAAGCGAGACCUCGCGAGCAAGUAUCGCAUCUGCGGCAAGGGAACUGAUGUUUGCACUCACAAUGCUGCAGUUGCUUUGGAUGCUGGAUGCUACGAACUGGCUCAGAUUUGGGGGUUGAUCAAGUUAAUCUUGCAGGUUCGGAAAGGACCAGGCUCUCCAAUCGAAUCUAGGGUGGGAUUGAAGCGUCUUCAGAAACAUAUUGAUCCAAAGAAAGCCAGUCAGACACCGGAGAAAGGCGGACUCUACAAAGAUCUCGUUGGAAGUGUGAUCCGGUGGGGUGACCACCCAAUGGGUAACCAUUGGCUUGUGCCCGCGCUGUUCGAUCAUUUCGAACGCAUUGGCGAUGUUCAGAUGGUGGCAAUGCUCUCGUGUGUACUUCACGAAGCCAACCAUGAAGGACGACCAGAUCAACAGGAAGAGGUUGCGUCUGGCCAGCGGACUUUCUCCCUAGAAUUCUCGUCUGUUUCGACAGCUGUCCAAGGAAAGUCGCAAGCUGCUACACCCGCUUCAUCAAUCCCUCGAGAGCCUCAACUCAUGCUGCCCCAUACAUCAGCACGGUCAUCUAGCGAGCUUUGGCGCGCGGAUUAUACCCCUCCAUAUUCGACUGGUACCACACCCCCUUUCACAUCCCGCCCUCGAGGCAUCAUUUCCGACCGAAAAUCUUUGAGUCAGAAUGUCUCCAUAGCCGCAUCUCCAGAUCAGCAGUCACAGCCACGCAGUGGGUCUGGGUUUGGGUCAGUACUGGCAUCAUCUUUAUCUCGGUCAUUUACUUUUGGCCCUUCGUCUGCAUCGCCGCCAAGUCACAGCCUAAACAAGAAGAAACAAAGUCCGGGAGAGAGCCCCAGCGUGGCGACUGGGCAAACAAAUCAUUCAGAUACUGAAAGCGAUCAGCCCCAGGUCGCAAAGCCUGCAGGCCGCUUCAAAGUCACUCUCAAGAAUCAAACCGCUUUUGAUGGCGAUGAUGCUACUCCCGACUCGCUUUUGGACCGCGAAAAAGAAUGGCUUUACCGAUCCUAUCGAGCUGCAUAUGCCGAUUUGUUACAGAUCUGGGAACUUCCAGUGCAGCAAAGCGAAGUUAUGAAGAUUGGCGCUGUUAUGGCGGAUGAUGCAGAGGAUAUGCAGUCCAGUCAUUAUUGGAGCAGCCACAGCUCCAAAGAGGCUGCUCCUCUACCAGAGGUCAAACCAGGUGACGUUUCUCCAAGCCUUGAAGGACUCGACUUCCAGCGCCACUGUGCCAAUUGUGGCCAUGCCUUACAGUUGUCAAUAUUCGCGUCAGCACGUCUUCCCGAGACCCCGUCGAAACAUCAACGCCAGAAAUCCUCGUCAUCUCGUCUAUGCCCCCAGUGUAAACCUCGCCAGGCGCUCCCAACCCAACUACCCUGCACCAUCUGUGGCGAAGUUGUUGAUGGGAUGCUGGUACCCUGCCUUAGCUGUGGUCAUGUCUGCUGUUUCCACUGUCAUCGCCUCUGGUUUGUGCGGCCGAAAGGUGAAGUUGAUAGUCCAUUUGAUUCUCCACAUGACACGAGCGCUCUUCCGACGUGCCCCACUGGAUGUGGCUGUAGCUGCUCCGAGAGUGUUGCCACCGAAGUCGUUCUGCCAGCCUGGGAACCCUCGUCUCCACGAUCCAAACCAGCCAGUCCCGGCCGGACCUUUUCGCAUGAGAGGCGUCAUCGCCGCCGGCAAUCCGAACCACCCGGCCAUGAUUCAAGCGGAGGAAACACUCCCACCACCACCAGACCCCGAGCCGGCCAAACUCCAUCCGACCUGGACUUGUGGCAAGAGUCAUCCCCCUUUGCAUCUCUUGCGCGGGGCAUGGGUGGUGGUCUCAGUCAGGGCCUACGCACUAAAGAGGAUCGCAAGAAGCAGCGGUCGGUAGCCGUUACUAUCCCCAAGCGCAAGUAA